CGCGACAUCAACUCUUAGUUGAUGCUCGACUCGCAGUCACGCUUGAAAAGCGGAAGUGUUGCUCCCCCAUUGUUUGUGUCUCCGGUUCUCGGUCCCACAGCUGCGACAUACUUCCUCGACGGCUCUCGAUUAUCUCGUCAUCCGGAAGCGUGGAUUCUGUUUCUGAAGCCCUCGGCAGCGGCGGCAUGUUCUACGCGGUGCGGAGAGGUAGGAGAAUAGGAGUGUAUAACACCUGGGAUGAAUGUAACGAACAAGUUCAUAGAUAUCAGGAUGCCAGCUUCAAGAAGUUUGCAACAAAGAAACAAGCUUGGGCUUUUAUAAAUGAAGAGUCAGCAGAAUCAUCCAUUUCUUCAACAGGCUUUGGUGAAAAGCAGAACAAUUAUGGCUAUUACAGUAACAAGACUACAUCUGACUCAUAUAAUGCAAGAUCACACAAAAGACGAUACGAAGAGCUUUCAGAGAACAAAUAUACAAAUAAGCGUGUAAAAUACACAGAUGUUCCUUAUACUCCUCCGCCAAAUAAGAAUGAAUUCUCAUACAUGGGAGAUUAUGUAGCUGUUUAUACGGAUGGAUGUUGUUCAAGUAAUGGACGCCAGGCAGCACGUGCUGGAACAGGUGUAUAUUGGGGACCUGAUCACCCUCUAAAUAAUAGUGAAAGACUUCAUGGACGGCAAACAAAUCAAAGGGCUGAAAUACACGCAGCUUGCAAGGCAAUAGAACAAGCAAAGAGUCAAAAUAUCAGAAAACUGGCAAUUUAUACUGACAGCAAAUUCACCAUUAACGGUGUGACAAGCUGGAUCCCAAACUGGAAGAUUAACGGUUGGAAAACCAGUGCAGGAAAAGAAGUAACAAACAGAGAAGAUUUUGAAAGGCUUGCUAAGCUUUCAGAAGGCAUGGACAUCCAAUGGAUGCAUGUUCCCGGUCAUGCUGGCUUUCCUGGAAAUGAAGCAGCUGAUCGAUUAGCAAAAGAAGGAGCUGGAAAAUCAUUAUUUUAGCAUUUUAUAACUCAAAUACUCCACUUAGUGAUAAGAAUAAAGAUUAAGCUUGUUUCAGUUAAUUUUUGUUGAGAGUCUAUAUGCUUUAGAAUAAAUGAGACCGAUGUUUGGCUUAAAUGGUUAAGAAUGUAAAUGCUUUUUAUGUACUCUAUAUGUUGUCAGAGCAUCUCCUCCAUUUCUCAAACUGUGUUCAAGAGUUGAAUGUUUGCAUCUUAUUAAUUACGUAAAACAGCAGAUUGGGAAUAUUGCUUGGACAACAAUAUGUUCUUAAGGGUUUUUUUAUCUUGAUGUUAUUGUGUAUACAAAUAUACAAUACAAUAUUUUACAAUUCUCUGCAAUACAAUACAGAAAGGAAAGUACAGCACAGUACAAAAUCAAAAUUACUAAAUCAUACCUUACCUAAUUUGGUGCAAACUCUGUAUGUAAGACCAAUGUUCACAGUAUAUUCAGGUGUUUAUAUUUUUGGAGCAAAUUGCUUUGUUACUUGUAUAAAUAAAAUGAUCAUAGGUGCUGGCAUACCUAAUAGAUAAUGCUGGCACAAUAAACCUGUUUGCUA